AAUUUUUUGACAGUUCACCAAACAAGCAGCCAUCAUUGCAACUUUUCGUGCGUCGACAGAGGAAAAUAGAAUUUUCAGCCGAAACUAUUUAGCAAUUUAAACGUAUUUUGUAAUCGUAAAUGCUUGUUUCGAGCCUCCAACAUGGAGAAUAAUCCCGAGCAGCAAAACCAUCCCCCGGCGUCGAUGUUGCCGCCUCCGCCGCCCGGAUUCAUGCUGGGUGGUCCGUCGCUGAUGGGACCCCCCGGCGGCCAACCCGACGACCCGAACCGCAACCUCCCGUCGUUGAUGUCGCUCAAGUUUCCGGAAAGUCCGGAAGAGGCUGCUGCGGCAGCGGCCGACCUGGCCAACAAAAAGCCAUCCGAACUGGUCCUUCCAAAAGCGCUCGAGGACGUGCUGGCCCUGAAGACGCUGCGUGCGAAAGAACUCGGCGCCGAGGAGGUGCUGGCCGCGGCCGGAGCCGUCGUUCCGCUGGUCGCACCGCCGUUGAUGGCUCCACCGCCGCCGUCCGGAGUGAUCGGGUCGUACCUGGACAUGGACGGCGAUUCGGACGAUGAGAAUCUGGACGGAGUGGCACCGGCGCCGCCGAUCAUCUCCAAAGCCGAAGGUCGGCUGGACAGGAAUCGACGCCGGAAGCAGCGCAAGAAGGAGAACCGGAAGGCACGCCGCGAGCAGCAGGCCCAGGUCAUGCAGCAGCGGGAAAAGGAGCACAAGGAGCAGGAACAGGCGAAGGAGGUGGCGGCGCCGGCUCCGGUUGAAAGCACCGAGAAGCAGGUUGUAGAGGAGCCGGUUCCACCGGAAGUGGAAGAUGGAAAGGAAGUCGAGGAAGCGGUGGUGAAGAAAGAGGAGACCGAGGAGGAGCGAGAGAAAAGGAAGGCCAAGGAACGGGCUGCGAGGACCAAGGACAAACUGGCCAAGGCUGUGGCCAUGAUUGAGAACGAGCUGGAGCGGGUUGAAAUCGAGUACGUUCCGGAAAAGGUCACGAUCGCCGAUUUGGCACCGAUGUAUCGUCAGUUCUAUCGCGUCUUUGAGAUCUUCAAGCUGGAAGCGAAGCCGAAGGAGCAGGCCAAGGCGGACACGACGGAAAGUGAGAAAAUCGCCGCGGCGAAGAAAGCCAGCGAGAAGGACGGUGACGAGGACGAUGACGACGCGAUGGACGUGGAAAUUGACGAAAAGGAGCGAAUCUCCAAGCGAAAGAUGAAAAAGCUAACCCGGCUGAGUGUGGCCGAGUUGAAGCAGCUGGUCCACCGUCCGGAUGUUGUUGAAAUGCACGACGUGACGGCACGCGAUCCGAAGCUGUUGAUUCAGCUCAAGUCCCACCGGAACACGGUCCAGGUGCCGCGCCAUUGGUGCUUCAAGCGUAAAUAUCUCCAGGGAAAGCGCGGUAUCGAGAAGCCACCGUUUGAGUUGCCGGCGUUCAUCAAAAAGACCGGAAUCAUGGAAAUGCGCGCCUCACUGCAGGAAAAGGACGAGGCCAAAACGCUCAAGGCCAAAAUGAGGGAACGGGCCCGGCCAAAGAUGGGCAAGAUCGACAUCGAUUACCAGAAGCUGCACGACGCAUUCUUCAAGUGGCAAACCAAGCCUCGGAUGACGAUCCACGGCGAUUUGUACUACGAGGGAAAAGAGUUCGAGACCCGGCUGAAGGAGAAGAAACCGGGCGAUCUGUCGGAGGAGUUGCGCGUCGCCCUCGGAAUGCCAAUCGGCCCGGCUUGCCACAAGAUUCCGCCGCCCUGGUUGAUUGCCCAGCAGCGUUACGGACCACCGCCAAGCUAUCCGAAUCUGCGGAUUCCCGGCUUGAACGCACCCAUUCCGGAGGGCUGCUCGUUCGGUUAUCACGCGGGCGGCUGGGGCAAACCGCCGGUCGACGAAAACGGCAAGCCCCUGUACGGUGACGUGUUUGGCAUGAGUGCCAGCGAGCAUGAUAACGGUCUCGGCGAGGAGGAAAUCGAUCGCACCCAGUGGGGCGAGCUGGAAUCCGAAUCGGAAGAAUCGUCCGAGGAGGAGGAAGAGGACGGCGAAGACCUGAGCGCACCCCCGGACGAAAGUGGCCUCGUAACCCCAGCCGAGGGUCUCGUAACGCCGUCCGGUCUGACCAGUGGCGUCCCGGCCGGCAUGGAGACGCCGGACACGAUCGAGCUGCGCAAAAAGAAGAUCGAAAGCGAAAUGGAGGACAACGAAACCCCCGUGCUGUACCAGGUACUCCCCGAAAAGCGCACCGACCGCAUCGGAGCCUCGAUGAUGGGUUCGACGCACGUGUACGAUCUGGCCGGAGCUGCCGCGGCGGCCGCAGCCGGUGGUGCUGGCGGUGGCGCCGGUGGUUCGCGUGCCCGCGCCGGGGCCAUCGAUCGCGAGGGAAUGGUCGAACUGGCGCUGGAUCCAUCCGAGCUGGACAUGGACAACGAAGCGAUGGCCCAGCGGUACGAGCAGCAAAUGCGCGAACAGCAGAGCCACCUGCAGAAGGAGGACCUGUCGGACAUGUUGGCCGAGCACGUGGCCCGCCAAAAGUCCAAACGAAAACGGCAGCAGACGGACACGACCAGCAAGCAGACCAAGAAGUACAAGGAGUUCAAGUUUUAAGACUUGUUCGUUUCUUCUUGGAGGAGGUCGUCGUGGUAAGUCGCCCAUUUGCAUUACAUAUUACAAUUUAUAUAUCCGUGUUGCUAAAUGCAAAUCUAAUAAAUAUCGGAACCACAG